AUGAUCCGCAACGAUUUACCUCAUUCUUACGUUUGGCCGGCGGAUUAUAACUGGUUAAAACCUCCGCAUAAUCAUGCUGGAACCGAAGUGUCGGCUGACGUGUCGACGGUGAAACAAGUAAACUUCCCGGUAUCGUCGACAGGUUCGUAAACUUAUAAGAGCGUGUAUAAUAAUAAUACCUACAAAAAAAUCGAUAUGACGCGGCGUCAAUCGUUUUGAAAACGGACUAUAUUACUUAGAUACUUAAUUUUUUUUCUAAAUAAAAGUGAAAAGUCUUUCUCUCAUACGACGGUAUGUAUAUAAUACCAGAACGAACAGAUAAUAAUAUAAUAAGUUAUAAAUUAUUGCUGGGUACAAAUGUUUAACAAAUCUACCGUGAAGCAAUUAUGUUUGUACCGCAGUCAUUAACUACCAGCGAGUAUACCGCAUAACGAUGAUACAAUAGGCGAUUUAUUCGGUUCAAAUUUUAUUGAGAAUAUACUAUAUAACGAGUCGAGUGUGAGUGUCAAUAUAUUUUAUUAUCUCUAAUACAUAUACAAGAAAAAAAUAUUAAUAUUAUUUUUCCGAUCUUUUCUAUACACUUUAUAAUAUGAUGAAAAAAUAAUCCUAAUAAACUGCAAUAUAAAUUCAUUAUAUCUGUCGUAUAUGUACAUGAUAUAUUAGACGAAGUUUCAUAAACUCUCAAAUUAUCUUUAUAGUAUCAUAUUGUAUCAUAUUAUCAUAUUGUAUAGUAUAUAAUAGUACCUAUUGAUUCCUAAUUGCAGCUCUUUAAGUUAAAUUUAAGUAAGAAAAAUAUUAAUUCAGUUUAAUAAAUAAAUAAAUGUCCUAUAUAGAAAUACUGGUGCCAUGGUUGUUAUCUAUGUGGAUGAUGGGAAACAAAACCUCAACAGACUACCCGUCAAAGCCCAAAUCCAUCGCGAUAAGAAAAUUUUACAAUUUGCGUGAAAACAUUGGAUUGAAAGACCGUUUUACGUGGAACCAAAUAGACAUCGAAUAUCCCGAUCGAGAAUCAAAACGUAACGCUCUUAAAACCGGUAAAUUCAUACCGAUUAACAAUCUACCUCUUGGACUGGAAAUAUGGAAGAAUAAAAUGUUCAUAAGCCUACCGCAGUGGAAACCCGGAAUACCAGUGACGUUGGCUUAUGUGAAUUUGAACAGCUACGAUAAAUCUCCCGUGUUGAAGCCCUAUCCUUCGUGGAACUGGUAAUUCAAUUUUUAUCGUAAUAUGAGUAAUAAACCGUGGUCGUACGUGAACUCCAGGUACGUGUAUUUAUUAUUCGUGUAUUCGUGCAGUAAAUACCAGUGUAAGUUUAUUUAUUGAUUCGUGUAAACCUUGAGUCUAGAAGGCAAUAGAAUAUGAACUUUUAUUAACAGACCUGCAGAUUAGUGGUUUUAUUCAAAUAUAUACACGGAUAAUAUAAAAUAAACGGGUAUUCACGUGUAUUUUUUAACAUGGAUCUUAACCCCGUUACAGACAAAACAAAACACGUGUGGCCGUGUAGUUCAUUGCAAGGCCUAAAAUACCAUCUCAUUUUCGGAUACACACUUUUCAAUUCAAUUAACAGUGUUGAUAGAUUUUAAUCAUAGCAAAUAAAAAAAAAACCUAUAGAGGGGUAUAGCCUUUUAUACACUACUUGUAUUAUUUAUAAAAAAAAUUGGACUAAAAAUUAUCAAUAAAAUAAAUCUAAGUAAAAAUUCAAAAAAUUUGACUAAGUAAUACAAAAUAAUUUAAAACGACUAACAUAAUUUAUAGGUUAGAGUAAGAUAAUUAUCUUAAUUAGUUAAUUGUUUUUUAUUAGCUUUUUUUAAAAUAAACACUAUAAUACCACUUUUGAGCACUCUUGGGUGUUGGUUUUCUCGUGUACCCUAUCAUGACGUGUUUUUCAUUUAACCAUAACAAUCCGACUGCCUGUAUAUUAUAUAGAUUAUACUCAGAAAUUGAUGACAUAUUAAUUUUUACAUAUAAAAAAUCUUUAAUUGUGUAUGGUGGAGUUUUUAAUGCAAUAUAAUAUGAAAUUAACCGAACCGUAGUUAUGGUUGAAUACAUUAAAUAACGAACAGAUUGAUGUCAUAUAUUUAAAUUGGGAUAAAUAAAUUAAAAUGUAUUUGUAAUGAAAUUUUAAAUUACUGUUAUUUCUACAAUUAAGCCUAAUAUACACGUUAUAAAACUUUAUAAGUGCACACACAUUUGUAAUUCAGGGAAUGCACUUUGUGUCAGGAGACACACUAUUUCAGGCCCUAGUUCAUUGUAUAUACACAUGUAAUGAAACUAUAUUACAAAAAUAAUAAUCGACAAUCGUUAAGAUAACAAUUAUACAAUAACUAUUAAUAUUAUUAUGUUAAGACAGAUUUCGUAUAUUUUUAUCGUUUCUCAUAUAUAGGUUCAUUAAUCACAAACAGAACCGCUGCGACGGUCUCGUGUCCGUUUUCCGUAUGGAAGUGGACAAGUGUGACCGUCUGUGGGUAUUGGACUCAGGUGCCAUAAACUUGGCGAAGAGAGUCGAUCAAAUAUGCCCCGUUAAAUUAGAUGUAUUCGACUUGAACACCAACAGACUAGUUAAGCGUUUCGUCAUCCCAAAAAAUCAGACUUCAAAGGAUUCGUUGUUUACGAACAUAGUGGUGGAGAUAUUAAACGACGACUGCGAAGAUACGUAUGCUUACAUGUCCGAUGUAUUUCAAUACGGACUAAUCGUUUACAACUACAAAGAGGUACCUAUACCUAUUCGUCUACGUAUUUUGAAAUAAUAAAGUUAUUUAUAUAGGUACUUGCUUGUGCAAUUUUCAUUAUAAUAUUCAAAAUAAUUUUAUAAUAAUAAGCUAAUAUUAUAACAUCGAUAAGUAACGACUUUCUAAUAUUGAAAUCUUUUUUGUGCAUAAUUAUUUUAAUAUAGCAUUCAUUUUUUCACACAAAAAUAUCUAAAAACAGGAACCUAUAUUAUAGUGUUUAUUAUAUUCUAAACAUUUUAAUUUGUAUAAUAAAGCGGUUGGAAUUCAUCUACUCUUCGCAAACCAUUUUCAGGCGCCAUUAUAGUUUUAGUCUAAAAUCCCUACAUAUUUUUAAACAGUCUUUUCUUUCCUUUGCCUUAUCCUGCGAAAAUUCAGUUAUAAUUGUAUUCUCGCCCUACACAUCCAUCGCCAUUACCAUGGCUACUCUGCAUGCCCUCAUAUAUCCACUAUAAUAACCUGCGGGCUCCGGUCUCUUCUUUAGCCUACCUCUUUCCCAAUUUCUAUCUAUAUUUACCCAUCAUCUACUAUUGACUAUCUCUUGGUUUCUUCCUAUCUCAAUAAUAUUCAUUAACUUGACCAUUUUCUCGAUAUAUAUAUAUAUUCAGUAUUAUUCAAUCUCGUUUUUCCCACAUAGACAGUUUUCAAAAUUAUUUUAUCAUUUCUAAAUAAAAUAUUGUUUUGCAGGACACUUCGCGCAGAAUCAACCAUCCAUAUUUCUACCCGGAUCCACUGUACUGCCAAUACAGCAUCGACGGCAUAAAAUUCAACUGGAUGGACGGAAUUUUUGGCAUGUGCCUGUCUCCGGAACAACACAACCGAGUACUAUACUUCCACUCGAUGUCCAGCCAGAAUGAAUUCUACGUGCCCACGGUGUCUCUGCGGAACACGACGAUUCAACCGGUUGAUCUUAUAGAACAUUUCGUUGCACUUAAAGAUUCUCGAUGCACCCGGCACCAGUCGUGCCAGUCAUCCGGCAUGGCAAUGGACACCAGGGGCAUUAUGUACUACAACCUGGUCACCAAAGGCCAGGUUGGUUGCUGGAACUCGAACCGGGAAUUCGGGCCCGUCACACAAGGGAUACUGCCCAGCAGUUCGGCGUCGAUGAGUUUUCCCAACGAUCUUAAGGUAGACAAAGAGCCCGUGCAGAGGAUCUGGAUGCUCAGCAACGGGUUACAUAAAUACCUAUACGGCAAACUGAAUCCUACUGAAAUCAACUACAGAAUAAUGAUGGCGUACACGGACGAUGUAACUAAAGGUACGGUCUGUGAAUAACAAUAUAUUAUGAAUGCCGUCGGCCAAGUUCAAUUGCCAAACUCUAGGUGAGAACAUAUAAUAUUAUUUGCUCAAUAUGUUAUUAUUAUAAUAAGGUUAUAUUAUUGUAGAAAAAAAAAAUGUAAUUUUUGAAUAAAUUUACGAGAAAAAAUAUAUAUUUAAACGAAAAUUUCAAUAAUAUUUUUUUCUAGUGCAAAUAGUUGUCUCCUACAAAAUAAUAACUACUAGGUACCAUCAUCUGACAGCGUCUACAAAACAAGAUUUACAUUAGCGUUUUGACUGUGAGAUCAGACCCAGAUAUGUAUGCAUUUGCAUCAGUGGCACGACUAGAAUUUCUGAACAUACCACUAAUGAUUUCCGACAUUCGAUAGACUGUAAAUCGCU